CCCCCACCCCAUGUCUGAUGUUUUAGGAGCAGAAGGAGAGAGCCCAAGUUAUCUAAUUGUUGUGAACAGAAAAACUGCGAAACAUUGUCCUUUCUUUGUCAGAGUGUGAGAGAGAUGAGCUACAUCAGGAAGUGAAGACCAUGCAGGCAGAGAAAGAGGCACGGAGUAAAUUAGAGGAGAAGACACAAGUGCUGGAGGCUCAACUGUCCACUACUCAGCUCUUACUUGACAAGGAGAAAUCCAAGUACCAGAAUGCUUGUCGCCAACAGGAGUCACUGCAGGCCAAGCAGAGGUCUCUGCUGGAGCGAGUGGAUGCUCUGGACCAGGAGUGUGAGGAGCUUCAGGAACAGUUGGGGAAGAGUGAGGACCGACAGACAGACCUACAAGAACGACUGACACACAUCUCAGAGGAGAAGGACCAACUUGAAACCCAGCUCACCCAAGAACAGGCUUUGUGUUCUGAGCUUCAGCAGGAGAAGCAGAGACUGGAGAGUCACGUGAGUGAGCUGAAAGACAGUGUGAAUCAGUUGAGAGGAGAGGUGCAGGAGUUAGCCCAGAGGGAGAGGCUGCUGGUGGCGUUCCCGGAGCUCAACCCCCUGCCUCAGGGAUCUCCACAGAGCACAGGGGAUGUGUUGGGUGAUAUGGAGCAACAGUUACAGGCUAACUAUGUUCGGAUUAGGGUUCUGGAGCAGGAGAAUAGCACCCUGCACAGUAGCCUGGUGAAGCUGAGGGAUAGAGCUCAACUAGGAGCCUCCAUGGUGGAGUCCAAGAUUACCUGCCCCAGCAGCUGUGGAUUCACCCAGUCUCUGCCUGACACACCCAGCGAGAGCCAGCUAAAACCCACCCCCUAUGUACAACACAGCCCUUUUCAGACCUCCAGUGCAGGAUUGUUGAAACAUGGAGUGAGGAAGAAGGGAGCAGAUGAAGGGGCCGUCCCUAUGGAGAUGAGGCCUCGGGAUCACUUGUCCACCGCUACCUCGUCACUCUCUGCCACCUCCACUACAUCUCUGGUGCACCAGCAGACCCUCCGGCUCUCCCUAGACACCAGUGCAGCCAGAACCUACACAAGGAUACGCCAGGCAUCCAGAACCCGCUCUGUUUGCAUGCACCAGAGGAAGAAGUGAAUCCAGCACUUGGUGAUCAACCUCAUGGUGACAAUUUUUGGAGCAUAACAAUGCUCAAAGAGGCGGGGGCUGAAAGAGGCUGUUGUUUAAAGUGUAUGUCAGGCAUCUCCAUAAGGAGACUGUGAUAAGACACAGAUGAUUUGGGCAGAGAAACAAUACAGCUAAGCUGUAGAGUUCAGGAUCUUUGUCAACAUUGAUCUGGCUUGAAGUCACUAUUCAUCUGAAAAUUAAUUUGCAAUCAUACACAACACAACUGUGGUGUCAUGUUUUUUAUUUCUUGAAAUGUUGUGUUAAUCAUUUUUCUGCACUGAAUCCAGUGUUGGGGAGUAGUGCAUUUUGUAGUAGCUUGGUGGUAGUUGAACUAAAUUCUCAUCUUGGUAGUGUUUUAAGUAGUAUUUAACUUUUUCCGCCAUGUAGCGGUGUAGCUAACAACUGGAACUACCCACAACCUUUUAGCAAAAAUAAUCUAUGGGUGAAGUAGACCAUUUUCUACUUUUUCGGCAUCAGACCUUCCUAAUUCUCACUUGAAACACAGUUUGUGUUUAAUUGGCUAAAUUACAAAUUCUGUUAACAUCUGACUAGAGUGAUCUGUUCUUGCAAUUUGUCAUCUAUGACAUUUCAAAUUAAGAUAUGAUAAUUUAUCACAAAGUAGUUUGGAUGUAGUUAACUUGUAAGUGAGGACUUGGUGGACUGUAUAUUCUUUAGGUUAGGUUUUACUUUAUGUGUUCGUUACCGUGUGAAGGUAAGGGCACAGAUGACAGACAGGUAGGAUUGCAGUUGAGGUGGUUAAAUAACGCUGAAGAUGCACAGGCACGAAACUGCACCGCACAGUGUAUGUAGUAUGGAUGGGCUAAGGCACUUAGUGAUCUGGCAACUUGCUUCAACCAAAGUGUGUGUGUGUGUGUGGGGGGUAUGUCAACAAGGACACACACUGGCCUUGGCUAACACAUUGAAAGCUAACUGGUGGGAAGAGACAAGGAUGGCUGGAACUUUCUCUCACUUGACUACUCUCGGGCUGAUCUCUGAGCUGGAGAUCGCCCAGCAUGCUCUGCUCCACUUCACCGGUGGGCAGAGCUACAGCUCUGAUAUGACUAACUAACAUUACUGAUGUGAUUAACUACAAUAAUUCAGCUACUUUGAAAAAAAUAGUUAAGUAAACUAUAUUUUUCUAAAGGAUAGCUUUAGUGUAGAUUAACUUAUACCAUUGUGAAGUAAUUGGCAGCUUGGUAAACUAUAUUUUCAGAGUAGUUUCCCCAACACUGUUUGAAUCACACAUUUGUAUUUGCUUCUCCCAAAUGCACUUAGCACAAUUAUCCACAAGGAGGUAGUGAAACAGUUAUCUGGUUUGGAAGGUAAAGCAAUAAUAAACUGAGCAUAACAAGCCCAUUAAAGCCCAUAAAUGAUUUAAACUCAUGAAUAAAGAAUGUGCUCAAGCACAACCUGCAAAAAUAAUUUUAAAUAUCUUAAAAUUGUCAGCCUAAAACAGGGAGAGGCCUCCUAGGUAAAAGACAAGUCAUGGUGACAACCUGGUGUGGCUCUGUGUGUUUACCUGAUUGGAACUCUAAUUGGGAAAAAUACGUGCUCCGUCUGGGAUAUAUUUUUAAACGGUCAUCCAACUCGGAAUUCCAAGUCGGAAACUCGGAGCUCCGACAUUCCAACCUGAAAAUCACUGACGUCAUGAUUAAAAUGUUUUUUUUUAGUUUUGAUUUCCCAGUUGUCUUGAAAGCACCAUAAAGCCUUCUAAAGCCGGUAUCACUUUUUUACAUGGAGAAUGAAAGUAUGCAGUUGAGAGUAUGAUGUUGACAUGAUCAGUUCAAUCAAAGUGACUGUAGAUAUAACGUGAUUUGAUGUAAUUUUAUCUGUGGCCAAUGACCUUGAGCCUUCUUGGAUGGGAACUUCUAAUGUAACGCUAUGGCAGCACCCAAGGGGCUUGAAUUGUCGAGCUCUCCCAGUAGAUUUUCGGGUGACGUAGUUUCCCCAUGAGUGACAGAACUCUGAGCCAAUCACGGAGCAACUAGAUAACGCUGGCUGCCCCACCACCACAGAAAGCGCUGAGCUAGGCUGAAACCUGCAUUUUGGAGCUGCCUUACUCAAGAAAGCAAAAAAGAGACCAUGUUUGUAUUCGGCUUUAUUAACUCAAUGUUGUUCAAUGUUGUUUUGUGUGACACGUAUUAAUGCCAAAAUCACAUGCAAAACAGGCAACUAAAAAAAACUCUGCCUCACAUGCCAUGAAUGACAGGUCGCCACUGGCUGUGAGUCUUUAUGGGUAAGUCUCUAAGAGCUGUCCGCACCUGAAUUGUGGAACAUUUGCCCAUUAUCAUUUUCUAAAUUCUUUAAGCUCUGUCAAAUUGGUUGUUGAUAUUUGCUAAAUAACCAUUUUCAGGUCAUGCCAUAGAUUUUCAAGUAGAUUUAAGUCACAACUGUAACUCGGCCACUCAGGAACAUUCACUGCCUUGUUAAGCAACUCCAGUGUAGAUUUGAUCUUGUGUUUUUGGUUAUUGUCCUGCUGAAAUUCAUUUCUCAGUGUCUAGUGGAAAGCAGACUGAACCAGGUUUUCAUCUAGGAUUUUGCCUGUGCUUAGCUCCAUUCCGUUUCCUUUUAUCCUGAAGAACUCCCCAGUCCUUAACGAUUACAAGCAUACUCAUAACAUGAUGCAGUCACCAUUAUGCUUGAAAAUAUGGAGAGUGGUAAUUAGUAAUGUGUUGUAUUGAAUUUGACCCAAACAUAACACGUUGUAAUCAGGAUGAAAAGUGAAUUGUUUUGCCAAAUGUUUUGCAGGAUUACUUUAGUGCCUUGUUGCAAACAGGAUUGUUGCAAACA